AAUAAACUAGCCCGUCCCUGAGAAUGAGGCGUUCCUCUUCGACUUUUCUCGAUCAAUCACGCGGACAGUGGCUCCUUUUGAUUAAACCCCAAAUUGUCAUUGGACAGAGGUAAUCAUGUGACAAGCAAUACGGUCCAAUUUCAACCUUGUCUCCAUGAAAGCAGUUUAAUGGUAUCGCGGUCCCCAUACGGCCGUAAUCAGAAAAAUAGUGAUUUUUUUUUUUUAACCCAGGCACAAUAUUUCAUUAUUUCUUCUUAAGUCCCAAAUCUGUGCGCGGAGAAUUCCUUUAAGACUCGGAGGAGAUGAAUUACGAAUUCGAGCGAGAGACGGGCUUUAUCAAUAGUCAGCCGUCGCUCGCUGAGUGCCUGACAUCUUUUCCCCCUGUCACUGAUGCAUUUCAAAGUUCAUCAAUCAAGAGCUCGACGCUUUCACGCUCGACACUGAUUCCUCCUCCUUUCGAGCAGACCAUUCCCAGGCUGAAUCCGGGCAGCCACCCGCGCCACAGCCGCCCCAAGCAGAACCCGAACGGUGUGUGCCCGCUGCCCGCCGCCUCGUUACCCCCGGAGUACCCGUGGAUGAAGGAGAAAAAAGCUUCAAAGAAAAACCAGACCUCAGCUGCAGCCACGACCGACCCUGCACCACUCUACUUCUCUCCUGAAGGUUCGCCGGAGGUUUCUGACGGUGGCGGAGGUGGCGGCGGCGGCGGCGGCGGCGGCACACGCAGGCUGAGGACGGCCUACACCAACACACAGCUCCUGGAGCUCGAGAAGGAGUUCCACUUCAACAAGUACCUGUGCCGACCACGGAGGGUGGAGAUCGCCGCGCUGCUGGAUCUCACGGAAAGGCAAGUAAAAGUGUGGUUUCAGAACCGGCGCAUGAAGCAUAAGCGCCAGACGCAGUGUAAGGAGAACCAGAACGGCGAGACUAGAGCUGUGAGCCUGGAGGAAAACACCGCCCAUGGCAAGGUUUUUUACGAGCAAUCGGGAACGAACGCCGUUUCCGGGGCUCUCUUGGAGAACGAGAGUUACGCGUUCCAGCAGAACACGACGCAGAAUGGACACAAUGGAGAGUCGCCGAGCUCUACUGUUUCACCCCUGAACAGUAAUGACAAAAAUCUGAAACAUUUUACCAACCCGUCACCCACUGUUCCCGUGUGCGCCUCGACAAUGGCUGUGGACAGCGCAGCUGCUCGGGACAAUAGCACUCCACCAGGCCUGGACGGCCCCAUGCACGACUUUCACGCUUUCACCACAGAUUCCUGCCUGCAUCUCUCAGAUGCCAUCUCUCCGAGUGUGUCUGAGACGGUAGACAGCCCGAUGGCUUUAGGCACGGACUCAUUUGAUUUCUUCUCGGAGACGCUCACGACGAUCGACUUACAACACUUGAACUACUAACAGGUUUUGAGCACAAGGAAGCCCCGUUAUCUUUCUCUACCCAGACGGAUGGUCAGUCUGUUUUAAUUAUAACGUUUGAAAAUUAGGCCUAGACUUUUAGCCUGCGAAGGGUUAAGUUUAAUGAGUGAUUGAAUGCUUGUGUUUACAACGCAAAAAAAAGUGAUAUUUUUUCGUUUUAUUUUUGUAUAAUCUUUACGGCAG